ACAACAACUCGUGUCCCUCCACAGCAUCGCGAACGUGCACAGCUGCUGCUACUAUCCGAGGCGCCCGCAAUGUGGACACGAACGACGCUCGCGGUCGCCGCAGUCUGCAUCUAUCUCGUCGCCGCGGCGGCGGCCACGACUCAGCCACAGGUGUCACGCGCCGUGGCAGAAGACGUCGGCGGUGACACGACGGCCGGCGGCGAAGCGUCCGCCGGCGCCACCACUGUGCCGGACAACCUGGACGUAGAGGGCCGGCUUCGGGCCCUCAUGGACCGUCUCAUCCACGAGUCACUGCCCCGCAUGACGGCACUGGGCACCGGCUCCAACGUAACCGGUGACUGCUCGGCGGCCCUAUUCCGGCUGCUUCUGGGAAUGCGCAAGUUCGAGCCCUGGGCUCUCAGGUGUUCGCUGCCGUGUUUGCGCGCAGUGCUGGACGCCAACUCGCGUCCGCCAGGGGGCCUCAUCUCGGGCACAUUCAACGACCUGGGCACCUACGACCAGUGCCUGUCCACGGCGGCACGCGACGCCGACGGUGGCGUCCAUUUCUCGGGCCAGUAUUGCACGCUGUACCUCCAGCCGAGACGGCUCCCUUUUUUCGAAAAGAUCGUGCGCCGCCUCCACGACGAGGUCAACGAUGGCGCAAAGCUCGAUUUCUUCAGGUUCAUGUACAACGACAUGGCGCACGGCCUUCGCCUGGGAGUCUGUUUCCCAUCAGCCUGCUCUGCACGCGAGUUCCAGUUCUUGAUCAGAUCGCUGGUUAGCCAGCACGGCUUUGACGCCACCGUCAAAGGAUGCGUGAUUAAGGAAAAGACGCCACUCAACACUACGGAGAAAGCGCUCAUGUACUUCAUGGCCUCGUGUAUAUCUUUCGUAAUCGUCGGUUCCCUCACGGAUAUCUACCUGCGCAAAUACGGCAAAGAAGCCGGACAUGACCUCAACAACAUUGGUUCCUUCUUUAAGGUGGUGCUGUCGUUUAGCGCGGUGGCCAACACGGAGAAGCUUUUGAAUGUACAAGCCGAACGCGGCACCGAUGCCUGGCGUCUGCGGUUCCUGCACGGACUACGUUUCCUCAGUGCGAGCUGGGUCAUCCUGGGCCACAGUUACCUGACCAUCGAGCCGACGGCUGUGGGAGAGCUUCUUCGUAUCGUCCGCUUUGGGAAGAACUUCAUCUGGUGCCUCGUCGGCAACGCCUAUCCAUCAGUGCAGACCUUCCUCUUCAUGAGCGGAUUCCUACUGAGCUUUAACAUCGCUACGCACUUGAGGAAAAGGAGGGGAAGCCUAUGGCUACCAGUCACCCUACUUCUCAUAAGAAGAUACAUAAGGUUGACGGCGCCGCUCAUGUUCGUGAUCGGGGUAUGGCUGCUUGUGCCGCUGGUGGUUGACGGGCCGCUGGCCAAAGAACACCACCCGUCCAUAUUCGCCACUUGUACCCGCAACUGGUGGCGGGCGCUCAUACACAUCAACAACUGGAGCGACCUGCUCGACAUGUGCCUCCAGCACAGCUGGUACGUAAGCGUCGACUGGCAAAUCUACAUGUUCAUCUGGAUCAUUCCUGUCGUCAUGUUGAGCCACCCGAGGAUAGGCUUGCUCUGCGCGGGGGGCCUGGCGAUUGGCUCGUCAGCGGCCGUCACUGUCAACGCUUACUUGUACUCCUACCAACCGCUCCCUUUGUACGGCCAGCCUCAGCUCGACAAAACGCUGGACAUGAUGAAAUUCAUCUACUACCGGCCGUACGUGCACGUCACCUCGUACGCUGUGGGCAUCAUGCUGGGCUACGCAGUGAGCGCGCACGUCGGGCUCAAGCUUCCCCGCUGGGCGCGUGCCGCUCUCUGGACGAUGUCCACUAUGCUGGCGCUGCUAGUCGUCUUCGGUCCCUUCAAGUGGCUGCGCGGUGACUCGUGGCUGGGCGCCGACGCCGUGGUUUACGCCGGCUUUAGCAAGCUGGCUUGGGCGCUGUCCCUCUCCUGGGUCGUCUUCGCCUGCGCAUCGGGCCGUGGAGGUUUCGCCAACAGAUUGCUCUCCUGGAAGCCUCUGAUUCCGCUGAGUCGGCUUUCGUACGGCGCCUACCUCAUCCACUCACCGCUCUACCUCAUACGGGCUGGCAUCAUGAGAGAACGAUUGUCCCUGCAGCACUUUAAUCUGGUGAAAGACUUCUUCGGAUGCCUGACAAUGUCAUUCCUGAUGGCAUACCUGCUGUACCUGGUGUGCGAAGCACCUGUCGCGUCACUGGAAAAACUGCUGCUGGCGCCCGUGACUCGCAGAAUCCAGGCAGCGAACUCGCAGAAGGACGCCACGAGCGACGCUCUGCAUGGCGAAAGUGGCCGGGAAGAGGUCUGCGUAACCGUCGCCUCUGCACAGCAUUACAUAAUCACCGAGUCCAAGUGCCGCCUCUAGAACUUGUGUUUUUUUUUCUUUUUUUGAGCGCGUAGGAAAAAGCCACACUUUAAAAGCAAGCACUUUGAAAUGUUCCAGCUGCAUCGUCACGCGGGCACCUGCGUCGUCCCACCAUGCUCAUGUGAACGACGCGACCUUUCCGAGCGAGACUGAUUGCGCCCGCCUUCAUGACGAAUAGCCCUUGUACAGAUUCGCGUUUGGGCACUUUUCUUGGAUCACUGGCUGUGUGCAACUGUGUGACGACAGUGCUUAGUCGUAUUUCUCGUCUCUGUUCAGUUCGGUGCAAGUGACCGAAUGCGCGUAUCCUCAUUGUCAUACAUAGUUAAAAAGUAGUGCGUUGGCAGCCACAUUUUAAUUUUUGCCGUAUGUGACGCUUAAGGCAUUGCCUUUUCUGUAUAGAUUUUCUUUUCUUUUUUUUUACCCUUUAGGAGGCAAUACUCGGCAGCCUUUGCUUUUCUUAAUCUUAAAUUAACGCUAAAAGUUCAGAACAAUUUUGCGGUAGAAAAGCCGUUGUGCGACUGUCGCGGAAAAACAUGGUCUACUUGCGGAUACUUUGGGGAAAUCGCGUGUUUUCGGAGCGCCAGCUUAUACCACUUUCAAAAGCGAUAUAUAGUCCUUGCACGCCAUGCUUAAGUACAAACGCUCCUGCGAAUGAACUGAAAAGAAAAAAAAAGAGUAAUUUUGUCUCUGUUUGCUAGCGACACCGCUUAGUUGCAGUACAGAAAGCCUUUGUUGUAAUUCGUUGCUCGGCAAGCAGGACACGCUGACAUUCGAGAAACGAGAACCUUAACAGAGCCCGACAGACGUAAACGAGAAUGUUCGAGUGGUCGACCACUUUGUUGCCCUCAGCUGGUGAGUCAGGGAUAAGAGUCGUGCUUUGAUUUUAAGAUAUGAUAUUGCUGUAAAUUUAAUGCGCUUGAUAUCAUCAAAAGAUGGAACUAAUUGUUCAUUUGUACAUAUGAAAAAAACAUCACUACCUCUUAGACUCGGUUAUAUAUAUCAUAGCUCAUAUAUGGCGCAUCCGUUUUUAUUUUCCGCCAUUCAUCAGUACAGUCUUAACAGACCAAUCAUGCUCAUCUCCCCUCACAACCUUCUUUACCACCGGCUACAGCACUCAGAAGCUGCUGGCAUUCGCGAAGCUGAACGUCGAUGUACCGUUUUAUCACAACUGCGUACGGCUCAAUAAGCACCAAAUACCGGAGCUCGGUCGUGCCAACUUUCUGGUCAAUUUCACGUGACUUCUGGUCAUAUCUCAUCUACCGCAACUAUUAAGGGGGGUGUAGUCGCAAGUACGC